GGACCGGAAACUGCCAGGGAGACGUUGGCUACGAGCCUCGAGCAAACAACUGAGGCAGCGACACACGGACAUGCGGAGAAGCGUCCCAGUUGCCAGGGAGAGGUCACCCUGGAGGACGUACUGUCGUCACUGCUGGCGCUAGCCGACUCGUCGCCGUCACAGUCGCGCCUCGGCACGCCUUCGAAGCCUCCUGCUAGCCCCGUAUCGCCUGACAUACGCCACGUUUCGUUCGCGCUGUCCCCUUCCAAGGGCACCGUGGGCCUGCUGCCUGACGCAGGCCACCCGUACGGUCGGCGUUGCAGCGAGGGCAUGGCGCGUCCCGCCACGCCCAUCUCCAUCCUGAAGCACGAGAACAACCGCUGGAUGGGGUCUGCUACGGCCACCGCCGAGGCCGGGGCCCCGCUGGCCCAUCAGACGGCCUGGGCAUCGGCCGGGGACGUCAAGAUCACCGUGCCGCUCUCCAGCGGCUCGUCGUCGCUCGACAGGUCUCCGGACCCGGCAGCGAAGGAAGACGCUUUGACCGGAGAUCAAAGCCAGGCGGACGACGCACGAAGAUCAUUCGACGCGACAGGUGACGGGGAUUCGGAUUCCGAGAACCCUCCGCCGCCGGGCUUCUACGUGAGUUCUACGGCGACCGAGGGCUACGGCACCGAAACGACCACGUCGGACCAGGAGUCCGUAUCGUUCGCUACCGUCAGUCCCCGCGCCGUCGCGGCUGCUGGCGGCGUCAGCGACAAAGCUUCUGCCACAGCCGCUUCUGCAGCCUCAUUGCGUUGCCAGUGGAAGGACUGCCAGAAGCCUCUCCCGAAGACGGGCGUGGGCAAGAUCAGAGUGCACACAUGUCCCACCUGCUACGGCUACUUCUGCAGCCGUGCUUGCCGCAACCGGCACCGUGACGCAAAGCGCUGCGCGCUGACUCGCAUCUCUAAUUUGUGCCAGGAGGUGCUCCAGAAGAUCCGGCUCGAUCAGGUAUCGCGGCAGCACCUGUCGGUGUGCGCACAGCGAGGCUUGCUCUCCCGUGGCCGCGGCGUCAUCCGGCUCGUCUUUCAGGGUGCGCAGAGGGCCGCCCAGUUCCUUGAGCGCGGCUGGAGCGACGCCGGCGUGCGUGGACAGAUGUUCUACGUCGCUCGCGACGACCUUCAGCCGCAUGACAUGGGAGCCCGUGUGUACGCGCGUGUGCGCGCCCUGUGCGACGAGUAUGAUCCUCAGCGCAAGUUUGUCCUCUUGGUCGCCGUGUGCGUGACGUACGAAGCCGUCACGCCCUCUGGAGCCGGAGCCAUCUCGCGCGAGAUGGUCGUCAAGGCGGUCAAACUUCGACUCAGUGGGCCGCUGCCCGAAGACGACGUGCAGACGCUUAUCCUUCCAGUGGCGUCGCCGGUGAUGGCAGGAUCCAACGGCCUGCUGCCGCCCCAGAAGCAGCGCCUGCAAGGGCUGCACCACGUCGCCAGGCAGCUGGAAAUCAGAGGCGUCGACCUGAGUGCCUGCUAUCCAGAGCUGUAUGCCAAGAUACGCGCAUUCGUUGACACAGGAGAGAUGUUCUCGCCUGUGUGCAUGUUCCCCACGGACGCCCACUCAGGCCAGGUGUUCAUGUGCGUUGUGCUGCCAUUGGCAGACCAAGAGCUGCUCGACAGGAUGGCUGGCACUCGAAGUGCUGCAUCUGUCAAGGCUAAGAAGCGCUGGAUGUUCUAAUGGGUCAGUGUCCAUCUCAGUAUGUGAGGAAGUGGUAGAUCAUGGGAGCGGUCAUAGUAUGUCUCGUACCCCUCUGGAAAGACAUUGUGAAAUGUGUAAUCUGGUGGCAAGGUUACCAUGAGGAUUAUGUCAUAGAUUUAAUCAACAAGACUUGCUGUUGCAAAAUGGUUUGCUGUUUUGCACAAGAUAAAGCACCCAAGUCGGUGUGUUUUGCUGAACAAACUUAAUGCAUUUGGUCGUCUUUGCAGCACAAGGACCUCAGCAUGAAGGAGGAACUGUUCUUGAAUGUGCGGUUGGAUGUGUUAUUUAAAUUAGAAUGCACAACUGACAUUCCAUGUUUAGGUAUACCGUCAGGGGGGGGGGGGGGGACUCUCAUUAGAAGGAUAUAACCCAAGGCCACUGAAAGUAAGGAUAUAUUUUAUUAUGUGCCGCAGCCAAUGGGUAGCCUGAUAUAUCUGAUACAGGCGAACAGCUGUGUCAGCACAAGUAGACAACUCAGUGCUGCAAUGCCAUAGCACGUAGCAUUCACCAAGGAAUGCAAAAUUAAAUAAUACAAACUAACUCUCUCUGCUGCUCUGUUUAGGUUGAGAAGUGUAUGCUAGGAAACACGAUGUAAUUAGCAGUUUAAUGAGACAAGCAUGAAAGUGAGAAACACAGCACAAGCACUGGCAUUGUGUGAGUGUGUUGUUUUCAUAGUUUCUGUCAGGGGCGUAGCCAGAGGGGGCACACCGGGCAUAUGCCGUCAAAUGCGAGCCCCCCCCCCCCCCCCCCCCCCUCCACUCCUCCGAAAAAUAUCCCGGGCUACUCCACUGGUUUCUCUGGUCGUCUUUACUGGCACUGUUAAUCACAUCAUUAUUCUGUACGGACUUUAGCCAGCUCUCUCUUCUCAUGCUGCAAAUAAUUUCUGCUUUAAUGCACCCAUUAUGGUCAGCAUUCACAUAGAGUAUCCCCAGCAUUGAGAAACGGAUCAAAACAUGCCUCCUUCUGUCCACAUUGGAUGCAGUUGAACUCAUUACAGUAGAGUCUACAUAUAACGUUGAUGAAAAAUUUCAAGUCAAAAUCAUAUUAUUAUAAUUGGACAGUUAUCUAUGAGGUGAUUUUCUGUACCUUAUCGAUAUAUGAAGCGGGAUUUAGAAGUAACGAGAAUUGUUUUUAUAAUUCUCAUAUUUCUAACUGCUUUUAAAUUAUACUUUCUUGAACGCAAUGGACUUGUUACACCGUUCUAUUCAUAGUUCGAAACUGUGCAGCAACUCUUGCAUUUUGGUGACCCUCAGUACUUCUGUCAUUUUCUUCAUUAUCUCCUCUAGAUCUUGAGAAUGCUUUCAUUUAAGGUCUUAUUUCAAUCUUGGAGACAAGAAUUUGCAAGUGGCAAGAUAUGGGAAUAAGAGCGGGUGAGGUAAGGUAGCGUUAGCAUAAGACGUUUGCCAAGAAAUGCAGCAUGUUCAAUGCUGUGUGGGUAGCGGUGUUGUCAUGGUGCACAAGCCGCUGACUUGAGUUCUACAGAUUGGGUCGUUUUCUUCGAACUGCAUCAUGCAACCGCUUGGCUAUUCGAACUUAAAAAUGCUCGUUGAUUGUCUGACCCUGUGCCACAAAUUUAAAAUAAAUUAAUUAUUUGGUUCAAAACAUUUAUCAAGAGAGAACAGAACUUGAUACACACACGUUGCUUUUUGACGUCCACCAUCGCAAUACCGACGAAGACGGCGACAGAGGCUCAAAAGAAAGCUAUAAUAUAAGCUGACAAAACUUUUCACGAGGACGCUGUUUCGACAGCUGAUGUGGACCAUUGUGUAGCGCGUGUGACUAGCAGCAUGGGUCACUAUUAUCUACCCUUCUGAUUCAGUAAAAGAGUCUCGUUACUUUUUUGGUGCCCCCUCGUACUAUGUGAGAACACCAUCCUUUACUGACAUUUGUUAUCAAUGCUAUUGUUGUAGGUGGACUGCACUACAUUCCAAAUAGCAGAAAUACCUCUUUGAAAAUCCGAGAUAGAGUCGAAGAUUUCUCUGCACUGGUAUGUAAUUAUCAUAUUGGCCAGAGCACUCGAGUGGGGCAGCAAGCAGCAACUGCGUAACGUGCACUGAUUUCAAAAGUUACAUCAUGCUGGUACAUCUUCGGCCAGGCCUCUUGGGUAUUUAAUUCCACUGUAGUAAAUGAAGGUUGCAUUCAAUCGAAACAUGUACAGAGGUCGUCAAAAGUUCCCAGGCCGCCGCGCCCGGCCGAGGAGCGGCAACGGCUCGCCGCUAGACUGGCGCUGCCAUCGCAAGCCCGCCUUGCAUGGCGCGCGCUGUCUUCGAGCAUAUGCGUGGAGUAGGGUGCAUCCCUCUCCAUUUCUUGCUUUCCUUGAUAACAAACCGAGGAAAAAGAUAGUGCGGCAUGUGCUCUCACUGUUCGCUCUUGGAAUUCCACUGCUGUGCAGCGCGUGGCGUAGGAGGCGGCAGUGUUCCGAAAAGUGACACGCCGUGCUUGCGGCCAUAUUUAGUUAGACACCGUAUACUUGUGCGUAGUUUUCGACUUCCUGGAGAGAAAUAUCUUGCGUUUCACUUCCCAUGAGCACCGCUGUGGCUCUCUAAGCCGUCUGCAGAAGGAAAUUCGCUGCAUACGAACGUGGUCUCAGCCGGAAAUGUGUUCACGAAGCGCCGUCAUAUGUACAAUUAAUGUGUUGAGGCCAUGCGCGAUCGUCUUGAAACUGCAUGUUAACUCGAUUUUAUUUUGUCCGCUGGCCGUGUGACGCACAGAUAGAUUUGUCCACGGCGGGGAGAAAAAUAGUUGGUGCGCUGUGACUACUUUGCUCUCUCUUGCUGUGUUUGCGCUUGGUAUUGGUCUCGCAUUAUCGAACUCUCGGCGAUUAAGCCUGUCACGCUUCGUUCGGGACGAGGAGCGAAUCAUUUCGCGCUCCUGGUGCCGUUCUUGCUCAUCUGUAGUACUGGACAACAGGUGGCAAACAUACGUGCUACGUCGCUGCAAGAGACUUGCUGUCACUUCGACCUUGGCACCCUUGUGUUGCACAGCAAAAAAAAAAAAGAGAAAAAAAAGAAGAAAUUUUUGAAGGACACUUUGUAAAUUCCAAACUGUGUUCGGCAAAAGCCUGUGCCCAUUCCACUGGGAGUGUCAUGCACAAAAAAAAAAAAACACACAAAAAAGACAUGAAAUAGUCAGUCGAAUGGCCACAGGCUUUCGCCGAACACACUUUGGAAUUUACAAAGUGUCCUUCAAUUUUUUAGGCUACGUGCUCAUGACGAUGUUGCUGUCAGCCACGGCCUGUCAGCAGAUAGCUUCGGAAUUGAAAAUCGAACAUGCCCAGUGGGAGUGCCAUGGCUAGUAGGGCGCCGUUUUGUAAGGUAACCCGUGUUGGCUUUCACUUCGUCUUCUGCAUGAGAUAAAUAUCUCCGCAGGCGACUAUAGCGCGUGGCGUCAACACAUUAAUUGGACAUAUGGCGGCGCUUCGUGAAACUGAUAUACGUAAGGCGUUUAUUUUCUGACAUUAUAGCACAUGAGUCCUCCGUUUGUGAGCACAGACGGAAAAGUGUCAGCGCCGAACGCGUAGCAUUGAUAGAUCGAAGGUACUGCAUUGGAGCGCACCGAACAAUUUUGAAAAGCGUACCAUAACGCGUGCUAGGUGCUCCAGCCUACGACCGUCUUCAUUAGCGUUGCAUUACAGGAGGCUGUAAACCCACUCAGUAGCACGCGGUUCAUGACAGCGCGCUAGCAACAUCGCAGCGAACUAGAACUCUUUGGCAACACAAGCAGACAUUUCGGGCUGAGACCACGUUAGUAUGCAGCGAAUUUCCUUGUGCAGACGGCUGAGAGAGUCACAGCGGUGCCCAUGGGAAGUUGAACGCAAGAUAUUGCUCUCCAGGAAGCCGAAAACUACGCACAGUGAGGGCACAUGCCACAGUAUCUUUGUUCCUCUGUUUGUUAUCAAGGAGAGCAAGAAAGGGAGAGGGAUGCACCCUCCUCCACGCAUACGCUCGAAGCCAGCGCGUGCCAAGGCGGGCUUGCGAUGGAAGCGCCAAUCUAGCGGCGAGCCGUUGCCGCUCCUCGGCCGGGCGCGGCGGCCUGGGAACUUUUGACGACCUCUGUACAUGUCUAGUUGGGAUUUGUAGAUCGACAAAAUGUGUUACUUGCGUGCAUAUGGUGCUUUGCUUCUGACUAUGCACUCUUCUUGCUGAACAUUCACGAACAGCCUGGGGUACCACAUGCUGCACAUAUUACGUGUUAUCGCGUUACCUUCAGUACAUCAUGAUCACGAGAAAUUAUCAAUGGAAAUGUAUCUAUGCUAGAUCAGCUGUGUGAAUACAUUGAAUCAACAGUAACCAUUGUGUGAUGUUGCUUCAAAAUCAGUAUAUUCACGUUUAAAUACAGUAGCUUCUUUGCCUCCAGAAAGUUUAGCUAUUAUAUUAUGGAAAGGGAAAAAGUAAUGACUGUGACUUUGUGCUGAUUUCUGCACCAAUCCAGGCAUGUGAAAGAUGAAUACUCCCGAUAGUUGCUGUGUAUGUGCAGCAGUCGUUUAAAGAACUGUCGUUCAGUUUCAUUAACAUUUGGCUCAUUGGUGACCAAAGGGCGCACAUGUGCCAAAAGAGGCAAGUUUUGUGAGAGACAACAGAUGAUGCACCAAGCCCCAGAACCAAAACCCGGUUACGAGGAUCAUUUCAGUGCAGAAACAGCUUGUGUGUUGUGAUUGGCUGCAGGUAAAUCUGCAAAAGAAAUGUCUUGUGUACUGUGUUUUGUAAUUAUUCCUGUGACCCAUAAAGCUUUGUUAUGUUUGUUUCGUGUACUUACGUAUGUAUGAGAAUGGUAUGCACUCUAUGUCAGAAAGCGCUACGCAGACUUGGUGAGAAGAUUACUUUCAAUUUUCUUACCAGUUUUAUACGGCACCAGCCCGGAGAAACUCACCAGUGCAAAAUACGCCAGUGUAAAGAAACAAUGGCUGUACUAAUAGAGGCAGAGUAACUCUAAAGUAAAUGACUGUAUUCUUCUGUGUUCGGUGUGGCCAUUGAGUUCUGGACGUGAACACCCGUGUGGUGCUGACAGACAAGCCGAUUGGUUAUCAUGAGGGAAGUCAUGGUUAGCCCUAAAUGCUGUUCUUGGAUAAUAUGGCAAGCAGGGGAAGCUUGUUCCAUACCUUGUGGUUUGAAAACCCGGUGCCAAAUGUGGUAGCAUUUUCAAAAAAGAUAUGUGAUGUUUGUCUUAUCCUAUAUUGUGAUUUUUUCCUUGUGAAAAAAGUAUAUCAGUCAUAGUUGUGGCCAAAGUGUGGUGGUGUGGUUCCAUUUAUAAGAAUGUGUGUUGGCACUCAGUGUUUGCUAGUUGAGCACAACACUUUUUUGACUGUUCUUUUUGAGUCUGGGAUCAAAGUUGCCAGUUGUAUAAAUGCAUAUUUUCUGCCUUGUGGUUGAAGUGACAUUCGAUGUAUGCAAUGUGUAAUACGAUUAUUAUUUUUUGUGCCACUCAUUAACUGUUCACUAGAGCACUGGUCAACCUAUGUGUACUUUUGCCAUCUCUUUGUACUUCGUAUACACCACUGAUGUUGUAUGGACACUCGUUUUGAACAAGAUGCCUCCUAGUUGAUUCGGCUCACAAUACGCAUGAACAAAAUAUGUUAAACUCUCAGCAGUUUUCCACGUCAGUCAGGUAGAAAUGAGUCUACUAUUGGAAUGUUAUACUUAUUACAGCAAGUACUUGUUGCAGGCAUUAACUUAAUUAGUUCUCCCAAAGCCACUUCUUGACCCAUGACUUAUAUAAGGGUUACCGCAUCUAUGUGUGGUUGUGCUAUAGAUCACUCUGUUGUUUCAAUGACAUAUACACAUUUUCUAAUACAGAUCUGUAUUCUGCAUGUUCAAGCUAAUUUUGCUGGCUUUAAGACGAAUACAGCAAUUAGCCUGAGAUAGAGUUGUUAUAAAAAACCCAGAAGUGUGCGCACGUUUGUUGCAUUCAGCUAGGUGUUUGUCAAAUAGCCACAUUGGCUGUAUAUGAGAACCAUGUGGACACUUUGCGAAAACGUUUUUUUAAUCGCCUGGUGGGUUACUGUGAGGAAGUAUUUCAGCUUGGGCCAGGAGUAUACAGCUGAAGAAUGGCUAACUGUGCAGGAUGACAAUUGAGGACACAAGAGUGAGACAAAUACAACACAGUGCAGGCUCACAAUCUCAGAUGUUUAGAGGUAUGCACUGUGUGCAUAUGUUAAGUGAGUCUGUGUUUAUCUUGUGUCCUUGUCAUUUCGGGAAGUUUCUUCAUUCUUCAUUUACUGUAGUUCUUGAAGAACUCUCCAUGGUCGGAAACUCCAUAAGAUUGAGAGGGGAUGUAGAUUGGUUGAGAUUUUUGUAGCACUUCUUGUAACAUGUGGAGCUCUUCAACUUCAAAUCAAUUACAGUGAGUGCUACAUGAGUCCUGCCAUAGGAGCUGAAAAAGACGCUGGUCUCCUCUGCACCAGCCUAUAAGCUUUUUGGCGAUGACUGUUCAUGUUCAUGAAGGUGAAGUAUUUUUGCACAAUCACUGUUAGCAAAGCGGUAGCGCUGUCGAUCCGGUUAGGUACUGAUUCACUCGCAAAUACAACACAGUUUUAGCUAUGCGUCGCUUACGGUCCACUUUGCUCACGCGUGGCGCACUCAGACAGUGCAAAGAACAGCGUAGUUCUUGCAUUUUUAGUAAGCGUGUCUUCCAGAAAUGCAAGUGGCGCGCAGCCAGUUUGGUUACAAAGGACAAAGAAGCCAAGUGGAUGCACUGUCAUGCUCUACUCAAUUGGCUCGGCAGUGGAGCGAGCAGCAUUCUGCCUUAUGCUGCUGGAAUGAGUGUUAUGCGCAUGUGCUCUAGCAUUCCUGCUGGGUGGCUAUGUGCAAAUUGUAAUGAUACAUUGGUCUGGGCGAAGCGAACUGUAAACGUUAAGCUAAAAUAUAUGUUAUAGGACACAUCGAACUAGGCUUUGUUGUCUGUUUUAUGGCCAUGGCUAGGAAGAAUGAUGUGAAGCAACACCAAAGAGAGAAGGUGACUAAUGGCUGUACUACUGGAAAUCAAGUAUUUAUACUUGUAAGCUGUUGAAGAGCUGAAUUUAUUAUUAAGAGUACUGGAAUGGCAUUUACAUUAGCAGCAGAACAGACUGACUCCCACUUACCGAAUUUCAGCAAAUUCAGUGACAAACUGUGUGUCAGAUUGUUGAGAACAGUUUACACUGAAUAUUAGUGCCAUAGAGCACACCCCAGUUACAAACACAAACUAAAUAUUGGAAUUGUCAUCACUAAAAGUCCAAUUGGUUCCAAAUACCUUGGUUUUCUUUUAAACAUGUACAUGAUGUAUUCAAAUCAAAUUGAACUAAAAUACAAUGAAAAUGACAAGAAAUGACUAAUUAGAUUUUUAGCCUCAUUGCCUAUUGUUGCUCCCCAAUCGUCAAGAACUGCAGCUACAGUGUGUCCCAUUACGCAUUUUGUGUUCAUGCGAGUGGUCCACGACUGCCUAUGGAUGGGAAACGUGCAAAAGAUCCCAAAUUCUUCCUUCCUCUUUCCAGUGUCCCUUGACCAUUGUUUCCGCGAGACAUCUUGAGUGCUUUAGUGGGUUCACAAAUCAAGCUUAAAGGGACCCUGAUACGAUUUUGACGAUUUUCUACAGACGUACUGAUUCGUUAGAGUAGGUAUUUCUGAUCAGUAGGUGAUUCUUCAAGCUCUCCGCAUAAAGCGUGUAAUUAAUUAUGAGGUUUUAAAUGUGUGCAUCGCUACCGAUCGCAGCGGUGCCGCUCCCCUGAAUUUUCAGCCGCCCCUAAUUGGCGUAGUUAGCCCAAUUGACGUCAGUUGGGCUGCCCAAGUCGCGUUAUCGAUGUUUCCAACUUUAUGGUAAACAAAUGUUGUUCGUAAUACUUGGAAGGUUGGAUAAUUUAAUUGUUUCUAUAAAAAGUUACAGAAAGAUAAUACACAACAUUUAUCAUAACAUUUAAGCACUUCCGUGACACACCAAGUGUCAUCUGCUUGUGUUACAACGUUCUCCAUGUCGACGCGAGCUGCGCGGUCAGUGUUGGUCUCGAGCUUUCUUUUCGCGGGCACCAUGGAUCGCCCUUGUUACAUUGUGGGCUGCAAUUCUAGCGGUGUCAAGUUGUGACAUCGUGUCCCUCUUCUAGGCAACAUGCGAACGGAGUGGCUGCAGCGCAUCGGUCUGUCUGUAUCCGAUCGGCGCUAGCAUCUACGCAUUUGGAGCGGUAACUUCACGCCGGAGGAUUACCUACGGCAUAGAGAGUAGUGUGCCCGAUAUUCCGGUAAACGCAGGCGGACAAGGCGUUUUGCCAGAUGCACGGUGGCGCAAACGUGAGCGGCCUGUAGGGUGGCACAGAGCUCAACCAGACGAACACAGAGGCAAUAUAGCAGUGACCAAGUGUAUUAUACUUUGCUGCUGGUGUAAACUUUUGGCAGCAGAGUAAUCGUGAACUCGCUGUAUUUUAGAGGCGAAGCACCUUAUGAGCCCGGGCUGUCGGCGUCUCCUGUCGUCGUCGUAGUCACGGUAAGCAAGCGGCUCGUGCUCGCGCUCGGUACGCGUUCGUGCCACUGCUCCCGCGUUCGUAGUCGUCGUCGUCUUCCACGGCUGGCUGCGUUGCAGCGUAGAAUUUCACUUCUCUUCUGUCGUCGUAAUGGGGAGGCCGCGUUUACGGGGUUAUGAUCCAUUGCUUAAGGCAGUAUGAGCCCAUUAGCGGUGCAUCAACGGAUGCUUUGCACCUCCACAGGUUUCACGUUAGUGGAGCUGCAUUUCGCUCAAUAGGUCAUUUGACACUUACGCAUAAAAUUUAAUUCAACGCUCAAAUCGAGCCUACAACUUAACUUGAGCUAACUGUAAUAACUAAUAAAAACUAAAACAGUAAGAAAGGCUUCCAUAAUGGCCAAAUUGCUGAGGGAGUAAAAGAAAACAAUGAUGGUGUCGCUAAUACUUCAUGGUAAAAGAUCUGCAAGCUUAUCCUAAAAUAAUACUAGUGACGGACUUGGCCUCACGGCGAAUUUUUUGAAUGUUAAAAAUCUUUUACACCUAAUUACAGGUAUAGUAGCUCUGUGUUUGGCUGGUUAAGCUCUGCGCCACUACGUGGCUGGGCACAGUGCAGGACACUUAGGCGCUCAUGUUUACGCAAGAACCCCUUCAUCACCGUGGUAGAAUAUUGAGGGGCUUUAGUUUUCGCUUCCGCUCAUCCGUCGACAGGCAUAGCUCGCUUGCGUUUACCGGAAUACCGGACACGCUCGGCGCUGCGACAGAACGCUCGCAACGCACGUUGCUUGGAUAGCUCUCGCUGGGAAUCGACGGCCAGGCAGCUAGCAGAGGUUGGAGAAGCUUCGUGCGCUGGCUCCGAGCACCGGACGUAGACGACAUGACGUCAUAUCAUGACACAGAGCCAGCGUAGGUGGAGCUUAGACCCGAUCACUCGGUGAACGAGUUGAGGAGAAAAAGAAUGGCAAGGGAGGAGGGCAACUUGUGAUCGUCCGUAGCUCUCUCAAUACGAGACGCUUCGCCUAAAUUACGGCGCUAAUGUUUUACCGUAGCUGUACUCUACGCGUCUACAAAAUCUGUCCAAACCGUUUCAGGGAACCUUUCAAGCUUUCUUCAAAACCGCCUUGAUCAAAGGAAACCUUAUGACCCAUGUUGACUAACAUUUUAUACCUUACAAACACGAACCUGUAUAAUAGCUAUAACCCUACAAUAAAACUCGUGUCGAGCAAGACGUACCACACUCCUAAGGAAUUAUGUACACGUGCUUCUUUUGCCUAGUCAUAUAGGGAUUUAAUAAUGAAAAUACAAUGAGGAAAUUAACUCACAAUACAAAUGUCACUGGGUUUGUGCAAUGACAAAUACAUUACUCACUUAGCAAUUCCAGAGCAAUUGAAAGCCAUUGAGUGACCAAGGAGAAAAGAUUCUGAAUGCAUUUUGCAAACUUUUGCUUUUAAUAGCUUAGUCUAUUUCAACAGCAUGUGACUGGCAAUUUCGCCGGCUGAGUGUUUUAUUAUUUUGCUCUCAAUUAUCAUUCUUUGACUGCAUACAAAUAGUGAGGUAGGUCAUACGGUUCUAAAAUGUUAUAUUUUAUCAACUCCGUUAUAGCUUUUUUUGCACAAUAUAUCUGCUUAGUAAAAUGGUAGAGAACAUUUUAUGCUAGUCAAUUCGUUUAUACUGUAGAAAGAGUCAAGAGUUACUCAGAAAGAGCACCGGUGAAGGGCAUUGAAGUGCUCAAAACUACUGUGUUUUCCUGUGAAUUUCAAGUAAAUGCGUUUUCAGUAAGCAAAUUGGCUCAUUCACCCAUUUAGUUAAGGCAUGUUGUUACAUUAUCUCUUUGUGGUCAAGUGUUGGGCCUCUCCUGACACGCUAACUUAUUGGUUCAAACCAGAUGUGUCCACGUGCUGUUUUUUGUGUUUAUUGCGCUUCAGUUAGGGCAACUUUACACUGUCACUUCGGAACACCUUUGUAUCAGGGCACCACUUUUUGACAGCGCACUUUAAGGGAUUCCUAUCUAGUUUUUGAGGCACAAAGCACCUAGAGGGGGACAUUUUCACGGCAUGUAUUUUUUUGGAAAGAACUAUGAUGAGUUUCGGGAAUAUGAAGAUGAUUUUAGUGCCGUGGAGGAAUGUACUCUGCAUUUGACUAACACGAAACGUCCUUUGAUGAGAGCACUGAAGAAGAAAGUGAUGAUAAGGAUCCUACAGAACACAGGUUCUGUGGUUAUCACCCACAACGUGUUGCUGGCUGGAGACUGCACACUUUACAAGGGUAUCAGGAACAAAGAAAAGCAUCUGAGAUAAAUAACUUACUAUAAGCUUGUUCACAUUAGUGCUCUUUCUGCACAGUGUCUAAAUGCGUGAAAUAGUUUCUGACCAGAACGACAACAAAAUGGGUCUGUGCUCAUGACUGUAAAAAGUUAAUGUUCUUACUGCAGACUGCCCUGUCUAAGCUAGUCUGGUAUCAAGCAUUUACUUCAAAAUAAAGUUUGCUUUUCUUGAGCCCCUCUGAAUAUUGCUGACAUUUAAUGAAAAAUGCACAUAAAAGUUCAAGCCAAGUAGUCCUGCAGCUGGUACAAAAGAAAACUUCUGUUAACACGCUGAAAUGGAAACUUCGAGAAUGCGCUUAAAAUAAAAUAUGCAUUAGCUUACUGAGAGUCGCAGCAAGUAAAACUGGUACAUAUCUGUACAUUUCACAAAAAAGUUGCUGUAUCUAGGAGGUACCACAACAGAACAAUUCAGUGUUGUCCUUUUGACGUCUUUCGGCACGACAAAAAUGAACAAGCAUAAAAUUGUUUAAUGAGCUAGGGCCGGAGCAUUAUUGCCUGUUGCUGCAACCAAAUUUUGAUUAGGGGCCUUACUGCACAUUGAUUUAAGUUGGUGUUAAGUGCACCAAGAAUUUAUACUAAAUUGUGAAAUGAAUGACCUUUACUGGCUGGGAAGUGAUCAAGCAGAAAACAGAUAUAGCUAACGUUUCUCCACAAUGACGGAGAGUCGCAGUUACUAAGAAUCCGUAACACUGUCAAGAGAUGAAUAAAAAUUUUCUCCCAUGUGCAUUUGUAGCAGCCCUCACUUGCUCAGUCUUGAGAUGCUGGUUUCACCUUUUUCCACUGUGAACGUUUCUUAGAACCCUCUCCUUUUGUAUGGACUCUUCAAAUAAAACUGUGUCUAGACCGUUCCUGGACAAUACCAAGUAUGUCAUGUUUCUGAUAGGAGAAU